AUGACUACUCAUACCACCUUUGGCGUAAAAAUCCUAUCAGAAUCUAAAGAAUCAGAAGACUUCUGCCUUGUCCCACCUUUAGCGAAGCCAAGGAACAAGUCGUCUCCUUCUCAAAGUGUUAACAGUUCUAGAGAAGUCAAUAAAGAAGACCUAUCAGCUUUGUCAAGAGGCUUAAAUCCUGUAUCUGAGUCCGUUGAAAAAUUUAUAGCAAGCUCUCAGCAUACAGAAGAAUUGUCCAGCAGUGAAUGGUCAAUGCGGGAAACCAGAUCUGAACGAGGAGCCAGUGAAGAUUCAAAAACGUCCAGAUCCCAUUUUAAAAGGCAUAGAUAUAUGAGUGUCCCGAAAGACAAGCUAAAUAUGCAAAAGUUAAAGAAAAAGAAUCUUGAAAAAAAUAAGCUUGAGGAAGAGAAAGUCCCUGAUUGAAAAAAAAUUGAUAAAGAAAAUGAAACAAUCAAAACCCAGACUCUCAGAACAAUAGACGAGCGAGAUGCAAAUUUUGCAAUAAAUUCAUUGAUGGUAGUUUCAAAACAAGAAGGCAAAAAAAUUUCAAAUUACUCAACACCUAAAAGGGUGCAAAGCCCUUUUUAUGAAAUUGUUAAUGUAGACGAAGACAUACAGCCAGUAAUAUCUCAAGUUAAUUAUGAUAAAACAAGCGAAGAAAAGAAUUCAGAAGAAGCAAAAGGAAUGAAUAUUCAUAUAGAAAACCCGCCAGGGAGCUCAGACACCUCACAAGAUUUAUUAGAUGCUUUACAAAAUUUCAGACAAAGCUUGCAAAGUGCAGAAGAAACCAGCAGAGAAGACAGAAAAAGUUUGCCAUCAGUAGAAGAUUCAAUGGAAUUCAAAAAGUCGAAAAUUUUAAAUAUCAGCAAUUUAAAUGAAAGUGAUAGAGAAAGCUUGAUAAGUGUCAGCACACCAAAAUUUGCGUGUAAGCCUAUAAGUUUUGAUGAAAAUCAUAAAGAAGAGUCAAUAAUUGAGGAGAUGCCAGAACUUAUGCUAGAAGGAAGGUUUACAGGGCAAAACUCUGAAGAAAAUAGUGUAUUUUUAGGGAUUGAUAAUAAGUUACUGUUCGCAAGGCCAAAAACUCAAGGAAAUUUGUAUAAAAAUAGCAAGCCGAGUCUAAAUGAGACACUUUUAAGAAGAUCAAUAUCAGAAAGAUCUCUGAAUUUUGUGGAAAACAGGAUUGAUUCUGGUAAAAUAGUUGAAAUUAAAAGCCCUGAAGAAUUCACGUAUGAAAUACCUGUUAUUCAGCCAAUAGAAAAGAAAAAUUUUGAAAAUCAGGCAGCUCUUGACUCAAGUUUUCCAGCAAAAAAUGAAAAUUGAAGUGAGUCCGAGUAUUUUUCGUCAAGUGAUUAUGGGUCUUGUGACGAAAAAAAUAAAGAAAAAGAGCAAGAUUCCUCAUUAAGUCAAGCUAAAGUAGAAAAAUCAGCAGAAAAAUUAAAUGAAAUUGAGAAAGAUUAUACUUUUGAAAAUAAUCCAAAGUCUGGAGAUAAUUCAGCUUUAGAAGAAAAUAAAGAAAAUAGUGAAAAUAUUCAAGAAGAGGCUAAGUCUUUAGCAGAAUCUUUUAAAUCGGCAAAAUCGUAUGGCUCUUACUUAGAAGAAGAAAUUCCUGUAUUUUAUAAACAAAAGUCAGCUGACUAUGCAGCUGGGAGUCAAGAUUAUAACCCUUCUAAUGUAUUUUUCGCAGAAGCACAAAUUAUAAAUGAAAUUGAUAUAUCUGAAUUUAAUCUCCAAGACCCUAAAGAAGAUUCUAAAAUUAUAAACCUCUCUUCAGUUGACCACGAAGUGCAGCCAGCUCAAGAUCAUUUAGAUAUAAGCCCUAUCGCAAUUGACCAAAAAUCAAUGAUGGAAUCUCUUACACCCUCUUUUUCUAGGAGCAAAAAAUUGAGAAAGUUCUGAUUUGGGGAAAUUAAUCUAUAAAAAUAAAUUAUUUGUGACAUAAAAUAAUAAUGAUACUAACAGCUAAAUAUAUUAAAUUUUAAUAUAAAUUCUUAAAUUAAAUUAGAUUAAUUUGAAUAUUAACAAAUUUGGAUUUUAAAAUUAGAAAAAAGAAUUUUUAAGCUAACAGCCUGGGCAAGUAAAUUUUCUGCUCACAAAUCAAUUAGGGAAGUUAAUAGUUCAUUUGAAGAGGAAAAAAUACCGAGAAACUCUGUAAGCGAUACCGAAUUUUAUACUGCUAAAACAGACUUUUAUACUGCAAAAUCAAUUAAAAUAAGAGAGGUAGAUAAUGAAAGCUAUGGAGAAGGUGAACCAGAAGAAAAAAUUUUUAACGUAAAAAUUGCAGUUUCUGAUGAACCUACAGGUGAGCCAGCAGAAAAAUUUUCUAGCACAGAAAGUGCUAUAACUAAAAAGAAAUCUAAAGCAAAAUAUAUGAGAAUUCCUAGUCAGACUGAAAGUGAAGAAAAUUUCAAAGAGCAUGAGUCGUUCAAGACAACUGGGACUAUGCCAAAAUGCAUUGAAAUUGAAGAGCAUAAGGAUAGUUUGGAAGAAAUUCAAGAGACUUUGACCUUUGAAGAAGCUUUAAAACAUUUGUGGGGCAUUCGUCUGGAAUCAAAUAGCCAGUUGUGGAGCGAAAAAGACUGGAUUACUAAAUUCUUUUAAAUAUAGAUAAAUAUUGAAAUUAAAUUUAUUGCAAUAAAAAUAAAAUAGCUGAAGAAAAAUUUAAAAAAAUAGCUUGGAUCUUAUGAAUUUAUUAUUAUUAAUUGGGAAGGUAAGAUGUUUGGAUGCUGUAUAAAGGCAGGUGCCGAUUUAUCACAAAAAGAAGAAGCCCAAUGUGAACAAAUUUUGAAAUUUUCCGCUCUAAAGUUCAACAAGCAUGACCCAUUUCAUAAAGCAUUACUUAACAGCUACUAUAUACUUUCCAGUGGAGACAAUGAUGGCACUAUUAAUAUUGGGAUUUGGAACUGCAUAGGCUUUACCUCAUCCUUCCCAGAAAAUGACUUAUAUACUGACUGUGGUGCUUUUGGGAUUUUGCAGCUUCUUUAUUUUUCUAGUCACUUUAAAUCAUGUUUAAGUGAUAUUUUGAUUCAUUCUAGGAUGCCACCUCAUAAUUUCUCACUUGUACGAAUUUCUAUCGAGAUCUCAAAAAUUUGUAUAUACUCUGCCAUAUUUAUUAUUUCACAAUAAUUUAUAUAAAAUAUUAAUUAUCAAGGCAAUUCUCUAUGAAUUUCCUAUGAAUUUGUGCUAAAUAAGCCAAGACUGUAUAAAUGAACUGAAAAAUAAAAAACUUAACACUUUGAUAAGAAAAUCAAGCAAUGCCUCUGAAUCAAUUUUUUUACUUUACGCAGGAAUUCUGCUUUCUUGAUUUGAGUUCUACACACAUUAUAACUUGACUGAAGAAGAAGUAAAACUGGCUUUUAAAAGUGCAAGUAAUAAAGCUAGCAAAAAACCAGAAGAGCUUGUAAAAUUAGCAUCAAGAAUGAAAUCAAAUGUAAAAUUUAUUAGAGAUUCAGUUUAA